AUGUAUUUGAAAAGUCAGUUACAAGCAACUCUGCUCAUGAUUGCAGGAAUUCAAAAUGUGUAUGCACAGCAAGCUGCAUGGGGCCAGUGUGGAGGGACAGGCUGGACCGGCGCAACGACUUGUGUAUCGGGUUAUGUGUACUAUUCCCAAUGCCUUCCUGGCACCGCAUCAUCAUCAACAACGAUUGCGACAACACCGGCUACAACCACUACUGGUACACCAACCACCACACAUUCAACAACUACUACACUUUCCACGACUACUACCACCGGUGUAGCCUCAUACCCGGGAGCGACUCUCCAAAGUGGCUACUAUUGGAUUCGUGCCGUUGAAACCCCGAACUUUCAUUCCUACCUCCAAGCCUCCCCAACUGCCAAGCCCGGCACUGCUCUCCUAGCCGACAGAUCCACCGCCGGCCAGUACCAAAUCGUAUCUGGUCAGCUAGUUGAGUUAAUCGCACCCAACACGUUCCUCUAUGCAAAUGUCCAACCACCCGCGAAUUCAUCUGCUGUUAGAUUAUCUAUGACAUUCAAUACCACUCAAAAUACGUUUGGUACGUUUGCAUUUAGUGGAGAUGCGGUAACAUGGAGUGUAGCUAGCAUUAGUAGGCCGAAUCUGAGUGCGUGGUUGGUUUGUGGCGCUCAGGAGUUGUGGAUCAAUUUGGGAAAUUAUGCGUAUUUGACGCCAACGGGAUGUGUAGAUGAGACGAUUCAUUAUUUCAAUGGAGCAACUGUUGAUUAG